AUGGAGACUCGGUUCAAGAACGUUCACGAGCAACUCGCCGCCCGCAACGACAUUAUGAUCUUGCGACAAGGAAAAAACACGGCCGAGAAGCACUUUGAACACUUCGAGGAACUGAGGAGGGAGGCUAGCUACCUCCAAGUAGCCAAUGAGGAUUUCCUCAUUUCACUUUUACGUAGGAACAUGAACGAACCCCUGGUCAAUCAGGUAAUAUACGGCGGCCGAGAGCCGGCCAACUACGAAGAAUGGAAGAAGGAACUGAUCCGCAUCGACUACUUGUGGCGUCAUAGAGAGGUGGAGAAAGAGAGCUUCAGGAGUACGGAGAGAAAGAAGCAAGACGGAGGAGGAAAGACGACCGAACCAAAGGUCGAGAGAAAGAAGGAUGCAACCGGGUACCUAUAUACCCAAUCCGGUGACCCCAUGAAGGUCGACAAAGCAGAGUACCGACAGAAGGGACUUUGCUACCGGUGCGGUGAAAAGGGACAUCUAUAA